AUGAAGAGAGGAAGAGCAGGAACAUUAAAAAACAAAAUGAGAAUUACCCUAUCUUUACCGGUAGGUGCUCUCAUCAAUUGCUGUGAUAAUAGUGGAGGAAAAAACUUAUAUAUUAUUGCUGUUCAGGGUUUCGGAUCAUGCCUUAACCGUUUACCAGCAGCAUCGUUAGGAGAUAUGGUAUUAGCAACUGUAAAGAAAGGAAAACCCGAUUUAAGAAAAAAAGUUUUAAAUGCCAUUAUUACUCGUCAAUCAAAGGCAUGGAGAAGACAUGAAGGUUAUUUUAUUUAUUUUGAAGAUAAUGCUGGUGUUAUUGUAAAUCCAAAAGGAGAAAUGAAAGGAUCAGCAAUUACUGGGCCAGUUGCAAGGGAAUGUGCUGAAUUAUGGCCAAAAUUAUCAUCAGCAGCUUCAGCAAUUGUUUAA